AAUAUUUAUACAUCGAAGCUCUUAAAUGUGACGUGGCCUUCCGCUUUAACCGGAAGCAGAAAGGAAUUUGUGUGGAGCUGAGCAGCCGCAUCAUCUCUCGAACUGAAGAGGAAAAAAAGCAUAUAUACGGCAAAAGAAUGGUGACCGACGUGCAACUGGCGAUCUUUGCCAACAUGCUGGGGGUGUCCUUGUUCCUGCUAGUUGUCUUAUACCAUUAUGUUGCUGUAAAUAACCCCAAGAAACAAGACUAACCAUCCAGAAUGACAUGAGAGGAACCCAAGUCGGCGCCUCUGAAAAUGCCAUUCUUCCCAUCCUGACAAAUUCCAACCUUCUGUUUGCACAGCGUUUGUUUAUAAUAAACAUGAGUGAAUUGAUCGUU